GCGAAUUAUUGUGUGAUUUUGUGGAAGAAAGAAACGAAAUUUAUUCCCUCAAAAAUUAAAGAUUAUUGUUGAAGAAACUGCUGUUACAUAAAAUAGAAACAAUCGAUACAUCAAUUUGAACUUGCAAAAAAUAUUGAUUAAAUAAAAAUUUAGAUAAUGGAUGUUGCUGAUGCUCAUGCUGGUCGUUUGUUGGUAAAAGAUGAAGUUGCACUACGUUGCCAAAAACUUUUUGCUGACUUUCUCGAUGAAUUCAAGGAAGAUGGAGACCAAAAGUAUUUAAAAGCUGCUUCAUAUCUUACAAAUCCUGAUCGCUCUACUCUUGAAGUUAACUUUGAUGAUAUUGAGAAGUACAAUCAAUAUUUAUCAACAGCGAUUAUUGAAGAAUAUUAUAGAAUUUACCCGUAUUUGUGUCAAGCAGUCUCAAACUUUGCUAAAACUCGUAGUGGAACUAAAAAGCAUAAAGAGUGUUACGUCUCAUUCACAGAAGUCCCAACACGUCAUAAAGUUCGUGAAUUAACAACCGCAAAAAUCGGAACCUUAAUUCGAAUCUCCGGUCAAGUCGUUCGCACACAUCCAGUCCAUCCCGAACUUGUCUCUGGUACAUUCAUUUGUAUGGAUUGCCAAACUGAGAUUCGUGACGUUGAACAGCAAUUCAAGUUCACAAACCCAACGAUUUGUCGCAAUCCCGUUUGUUCAAAUCGUCGCCAAUUCAUGCUGGAAGUUGACAAAAGUUUGUUUGUUGACUUCCAGAAAGUUCGCAUUCAAGAGACUCAAGCUGAACUACCAAGAGGCGCAAUUCCACGAUCUGUUGAGGUCAUCUUGAGAGCAGAAAAUGUUGAAACAGUUCAGGCUGGAGAUCGUUACGAUUUUACAGGAACUUUGAUUGUUGUACCUGACGUUGGUUCAAUCCAAUUGCCAGGCGCUAAAGCGGAUCUUCGUUCACAUCACAAGCAAGGCGAUAAUGUUGGCCAAGGUGUUCGCGGUCUUAAAUCGCUUGGUGUUCGUGACUUAAAUUACCGAAUGGCGUUUCUUGCUUGCAGUGUUCAAGCGACAACAUCGCGCUUUGGUGGCACUGACUUGCCAAUGAAUGAAAUCACAGCUGACGACAUGAAGAAUCGAAUGACUGAAGAUGAAUGGAAUAAAGUUUAUGAAAUGUCUCGUGACACGAAACUUUAUCAGAAUCUCAUCAACAGUCUUUUCCCUUCAAUCUAUGGCAAUGAUGAAGUGAAGCGCGGAAUUUUAUUGCAACUUUUCGGGGGCGUUGGAAAAACAACUCAUGAGAAGACGACACUUCGUGGUGACAUAAAUUGCUGCAUUGUUGGCGAUCCCAGCACGGCGAAAAGUCAAUUAUUAAAACAAGUCGCUGAUUUUUCACCUCGCGCUGUUUACACAUCAGGAAAAGCUUCGUCAGCUGCUGGUCUUACUGCUGCUGUCGUUCGUGAUGAAGAAAGUUUUGACUUUGUUAUUGAAGCUGGUGCUUUGAUGUUAGCUGACAAUGGAAUUUGUUGCAUUGAUGAGUUCGAUAAGAUGGAUCCACGCGAUCAAGUUGCAAUUCAUGAAGCUAUGGAACAGCAGACAAUUUCAAUAGCCAAAGCUGGCGUUCGUGCAACACUCAACGCUAGAACUUCAAUUCUUGCAGCUGCAAAUCCAAUCAAUGGUCGUUACGAUCGAUCGAAAUCACUUCAACAAAAUAUUAUGCUAUCAGCUCCAAUCAUGUCACGAUUCGACUUAUUCUUCAUUCUGGUUGAUGAAUGUAAUGAAGUUGUUGAUUAUGCGAUUGCAAGAAGAAUUGUUGAUUUACAUACAAAUGCAGUGCAGACAGUUCAACAAGUUUAUCAACGUGAAGAUGUGUUGCGUUACGUUACAUUUGCAAAGCAGUUUAAGCCGACAAUUAUAAAGGAAUCGAUGGAUUUGCUGAUUGAAAAUUACGGACAUUUAAGACAACGCGAGAUUGGAUCGAGUGGAAAAAGCACUUGGCGUAUAACCGUUCGUCAGUUGGAAAGUAUGAUUCGAUUAAGUGAAGCACAAGCUAAAAUGGAAUGUUCGAAUGAAGUUUUACCACGUCAUGUCAAUGAAGCUUAUCGUUUACUGAACAAGUCGAUUAUUCGCGUGGAACAGCCCGACAUUCAUCUGGGAGAUGAAGAAGAUGAACAAGAAGAAAUGGAAGUUGAUGGCGUUGAGAAUAGUAAUGGGCAGCAUGAAGAUGUUCCAAUGACUAAGAAAACAGUUUCAUUGACGUUUGAGGAAUACAAAAAUCUCUCCAAUAUGUUGGUGCUGCAUUUACGUGAUGAAGAAUCGAAAUGCUUGGCACAAGGAACUGACACGGAAGGCAUCAAAAAAUCUGAACUUGUUCAAUGGUAUCUCGAACAAAUUCAGGAUUUACUUGAGAGCGAAGAAGAUCUCAUCGAACGGAAGAUUCUUGUUGAACGCGUUAUCGAACGAUUAGUGAAUAACGAUCAAGUUUUAAUUCCAUUGCGUACAACAGAUUUUAACAAAGAUACUGCAAUGACUGAUGAUGAUCAAGUUGAAGAUGAUCCGUUCCUUGCUGUUCAUCCUAACUACGUUGAUAAAUAAAAAAUAAUUCUUACACUUUGUUUUAAUUAAACUUUCAAUCUUUCCUGUUUUUUAUUAUAAUUUCCUAGUUAUUAAAAUUCAAUAAAGAUAAGAAAAAAACAACAAAAA